UGUUGUUGACAGAUUCUGGCCUGAGGAUGGCCCAUCCAUGCACAAGAAUAUGGGAUGCACUCUAUGAGCCUCUGGAAGGAUUCUUCUGUAUAGAAUCCAAAGGCUUAUACUGUGAAGCAGCGGAGAAACACAGCCAGUGUAAACCAGGACAGUACAUCAGAGAUAAUGGAACAGCGUUGACAGACACAGUUUGCGCUGACUGCAGUGCCGGGACAUUUUCAGAUGGGACGUUCACCACUUGUCGGCCGCACACGCAGUGUGGAAACCUGCUCAGAGAAGGAACUGCUUCAGCUGAUGCUGAAUGUGGGGAAGAUGGUUCAAGCAGCAAGGUCACUGUCGCCGUCGUCGUCGUCCUUUUAGUAGUUUUCUUAUGCGCUGGUAUAAGUGGAGCUUUGUACUUCCUGAAGAAGAAACGUAUAUCAGGUAGGGUCUGUGUGGAGUUACAGAUGUUAACAUGGUUCAAUGAAAAUGAUAAUGGUUUCUGCUGAGUCAUGCCACUGCUGAGAUGUUAUUCAUUGUUUUUGUUUGUUACAGACAAA